GCUUUUCUUAGAGACAUGAUACUAGAGGAAAACCGUCCAGUCCCAGAACCAGGUCCCAAUGAGGUCCUCCUGCGGAUGCAUUCUGUUGGAAUCUGUGGGUCUGACGUUCACUACUGGCAGCAUGGUCGAAUUGGGGAUUUUGUCGUGAAGGACCCCAUGGUGUUGGGACAUGAAGCUUCUGGGACUGUUGUCAAAGUGGGAUCAGGGGUGACUCAUCUGAAACCAGGUGAUCGAGUGGCCAUCGAGCCUGGCGUCCCAAGAGAAAUGGAUGAGUUCUGUAAAACUGGCCGCUAUAACCUGUCUCCAACCAUCUUCUUCUGUGCGACACCUCCCGAUAAUGGGAACUUGUGCCGCUACUACAAGCACAGUGCCAGCUACUGCUACAAGCUUCCAGAUAAUGUCACCUUUGAAGAAGGAGCCCUUAUCGAGCCCCUUUCUGUGGGAAUCCAUGCCUGCAAAAGAGCGGGAGUCACUCUGGGAAGCAAAGUCUUUGUGUCUGGCUCUGGACCAAUUGGCCUUGUUAAUGUGCUUGUUGCUAAGAUGAUGGGUGCAGCAGCUGUGGUAAUUACAGAUUUAUCUGCCUCUCGCCUGCAAAAAGCCAAGGAGAUGGGGGCAGAUUUCACCAUUCAGGUGAAGAACGAGACCCCGCAGGAGGUGGCCUCCAAAGUGGAAAGUCUGCUUGGCUGUAUGCCUGAGAUAACUGUGGAGUGUACGGGAGUGCAAGCCUGCAUCCAGGCUGGCAUUUAUGCCACUCGUUCUGGUGGGACCUUGGUGCUGGUGGGGCUGGGGCCCGAUAUGGUCACUGUGCCCAUUGUGAAUGCCGCUGUGCGGGAGGUGGAUAUCCGGGGGAUAUUCCGUUACUGCAACACGUGGCCUGUGGCAAUUGCUCUGCUCGCAUCCAAGCGGAUUAAUGUCAAGCCCUUGGUUACGCACCGCUUCCCCCUGGAAAAGGCUCUUGAGGCGUUCAAGACCACCAAGAGGGGUGAGGGGGUCAAAGUCAUGCUGAAGUGUGACCCCAGCGACCACAACCCCUGAGAUGCAUCGGUGCCUGGCUCUCUCGCCCCUUACACUGCCUGCCUGAGAUGAAGCAUGAGGCCACAGGAGGCUGAUGUAUGGCUGUUGCAUGUUUACACAGUCACCUUAUGCAGGCACCACUUUCUAAUAGGGCUAGAAAAUCAAACAAUAAUGAGGGUGAGUGGCACUGAGGGAUACACCAUUAGAGUAUUGACAGGUAUUAACUACAAAUGGAGAACCAAUAGGGAAUAGUUGAAUCAAAACGUUGCUGUUUGUUUGGUUAGAGAUGGUUCACACAGCUGGCUCUUCUUCGCUGGCCUCAUAUGCAGAAGAGCCUGGGUGUCUUUGCACACACCAGGCAGAGCUGCCUGCGUGGCCGUGGGAUUUGGGGGAGGAUGUUGCCAGCCGCAUGGGAGAGGGGAGGGUGGAGAUGCUGGCACUCCACCUUCCUGCCCCAGCACUGCCCCAGGGCUCUGUUUGCCGCAGCUCUUCCCGCGUGGCAGUCCCUGGCUGUGGGGUGGCUCUAGGUAAACACUCGGCCCUCCAGUUGCACCUUCCCUCGGGCAUGCUCGGGGACUGUAACAGCCUGUGGAACAAAGCCUGGCCAGCCCACCUCUACCGGAAGCAUCUACACAUUCAGAUCAUUCUCUCCAUGCUCUUUGCAAAUAGCACGCUGCAGACCCAAAGCUCAGAGCUUUUCUGAAGAAGCUAGUCUGGGCACCAGCUGGGACCCCCCAGCAGCUCCUCGUGGAACAGAAGGAGCACCGCAGGGCAGGCUGCCAUGUGCUCCCAGGGAAACAGCCCUGUCUGUGGCUGGGACCGCAGGGAGCCCUGUCCUUAUGUCACUCCCACGGAGGGGCUGCUGUUUUGGGGCACAGCUCGCUUUUAGCAUGGAUGGGAGCACAGGUGAGAACUAAGGGGACAGCAUCACUCAAAGGUUUUGCCACUGUGAACGAACCGUAAUUUGGGGGGGAUAUCUGGCCUUCCUGCUGAGUUUGUGAGCCAUGAAUGAGGUACUAAUGAGGUAGCAGGUUGAAGAUAACAAAAUCUGAUCUGAUUACAGUCAUGUUAAUUUUUGUACUGAGAGAUCAGUCCCUUUCUUGGGCUGGGUACUGAACCUUCCUCAGUAAAUGUCACCUACUUGA